UUGUGGGCAAGGCUAUCAGACUGCUUGGGGUUUUCCGUAAACUUUCACAAGAUUAGAAGCACUAUUUCCUUCAUAGUCAAAACAUUGCUGGGCCGGACUCCUCGCCUUCGGAUAGUCCACCAUUUUAUAUUUCUGUAAAGGAUUACAAAUAUAUUUUUUAUAUAGGCCUAUUGGGUUUUUCUUUACGAAGGGACAAGCCAACUAUCCACUAUGAUGGAAACUGAGAUGCAUAAAAUGAAUCCUAGUCAACAGGACGUGGACCUAAUCGACAUCCUGUGGAGGCAGGACAUUGACCUGGGCGCGGGGCGAGAGGUGUUUGACUACUGCCACCGUCAGAAGGAGCAUGAGUUGCAGCGGCAGCGGGUGCAGGAGGAGGAGAAGAGGCAGCAGCUGCUGAGAGAGCAGGAGAAGGCCUUGCUGGCUCAGCUACAGCUGGAUGAGGAGACGGGGGAGUUCGUGCCCCGCCUUGCACCCAGCGGCCAGUCACCACAGUCUGCCACCACCGCCGCACCCCCUCAAGUCACACAGAAUGUCAGCUUCACAGAAGAUGGAGAUGCCAUGUCAUUUGAUGAAUGUAUGCAGCUGCUGGCAGAGACCUUCCCACUGGUAGAUGCUACGGCGACCGCUUCCGCCUGUCAGGACGUCACCGUAGCUCCAGCCCCAAACAGCAACCAUGUCAUGAUGGCAUGUGAGCUGCCAGCUUUGACCCAGCCACCCAUUCUCCCAGCCUCCCAGCCCCCACAUAGGACCUCCCCAGAUUUGGAGCAGGCCUGGAUGGAGCUUUUGUCCCUUCCUGAGCUGCAGCAAUGCCUGAAUAUGCAAAUGAAGGACACACUGGAUCAGACAGGAGGAUAUCUGCCCACUAACACCACCCCUGAUGUGCAGGAUCCAAACUACAGCUUCUACCCAUUGCCCAACCUGGCAGAGGUGGCAUCAAACGCAGCAGAGGUCUGCCCACCUGAAUUCAUCAAUGCCUUUGAGGAGAGCUUUCCCAACAUGGCUCCUCUCCACCACCUCAAUCAGAUGACCCUAAAGGCUCCAGACCUAAAUACUAACUUCAGUGCAGCAACUUUCUGUGACGUAUUUUACCCAGACAUUGUCAACACAAAAGUGACCAGUGUCACCCUACCUUGUGGCCAAGGAAAUGGAGGUAACUCCUUGGCAGAGAUAUCACACAAGCCUUCUUUUACACCAAUGGAAUUACAUGACCUUUCUCCUAGAGAAGCAUUUGACAGAGGCAACAAAACUGAGAUAAUGCCAGAAAUUCCAGAUUCGGAUUCAGGUGUGUCUGUGGAGGCAAGUCCACAUGCUAGCUCCCCUGAGAAAUCGAUGUAUGGGGACGGCUCCUUUGGUGGCUACAGCGAUUCAGACAUGGAGGAGAUGGACAGUAACCCUGAGAGUGCAGAGUCUGACUACUCCGAGAUGUUCUCACUGUCUUUCCAACCUGAUGGUUUCCAGACUUCUCUCUCUGUGUCAGCUCAGCAGCAGGACAAAAAGCCCAAACAUGGCAAGACCGAGCCAGAUGAGGAGACUGGCCACAACGAUCCCCCCUUCACCAAAGACAAGAAGAGGAGACGCUCCGAGAAGCGUCUCUCCAGAGACGAGCAGCGCGCCAAGGCCCUCCAGAUCCCCUUCACUGUGGACAUGAUCAUCAACCUGCCUGUGGACGACUUCAACGAGAUGAUGUCCAAGCACCAGCUCAACGAGGCCCAGCUGGCCCUGGUCAGAGACAUCCGCCGGCGGGGCAAGAAUAAGGUGGCUGCCCAGAACUGCCGCAAACGCAAGAUGGAGAACAUCGUGGAGCUGGAGUAUGACCUGGACUCACUGAAGGAGGAAAAGGAGCGACUGCAGAGAGAGAAGACCAAGAAUUACAGCAGCUUGCGGCAGAUGAAGCAGGAGCUUAACACCCUGUACCUGGAGGUGUUCAGUCUAGUGAGGGAUGAGGAGGGGAAGCCCUACUCCCCGUCCGAGUACUCACUCCAGCAGACCACCGAUGGCACAGUCUUCCUUGUCCCCCGCAUUAAAAAAAUGCUUUUCAAGAAAAAUGACAACUAGCACUUCUCUGCUUUACUACUUGGUACUGCAUUAGUAAUAACACUAUGCAAUGAAUAACGUUGUAGAUGCUUGGCUUUAAGCGUUAGUAAAAUAGCAGAACUAUUAUAUAGUCCUUGCCUACUCUCCUUGAAUGCCUUUAUAAUAUUUUUGACAUUUUCGUUUUUUGUACUGGUCUCCAUUUUCUUCUAAGGUUGUUUUACUGAUAUUGCUUGUAAAUACAUUUAUACAUUAUUUGCUAUUGAGAUAUGAAAAUGUGAAUUGUAUAUAUCAUGUUUUAGUAUGCUAAUUAUAUUGUUGCAAUCACUGUUACUUAAAAGUCUGUUUUAUAAACUUUACUCUUUGAUUUGCACCUCCAUUUAUUUUGUAUCUUCUGACCCUUUUCUGCUUAAGGCAAGAGGGGGUGUGAUAUAUAGCACGAUGCAACGCGGAGUGCCUGGACACAGCCGUGGUAUAUUGGCCAUAUCACAAACCCCCGAGAUGCCUCAUUGCUAUUAUCAACUGGUUACCAAUGUAAUUAGAGCAGUAAAAACAAAUGUUUUGUCAUACCAGUGGUUUACCGUCUGAUAUCAUUUGCGGCGGCAGGUAGCCUAGUGGUUAGAGCGUUGGGCCAGUAACCGGAAGGUUAUAAAGCACUACAUGGCCUUGCACUCGAAUACAUGUCUGAUAUGCUUUUAAUGUCUAAUAUAUCUUCUGGCACUGGUCUUUUAGUCAUUCCAAAUGUCAGAACCAAAACUUUUGGUCAGGCUGCCUUUAGCCUCUACGGUCCUGGUCUUUGGAAUAGCCUGCCGAAUCUUAGGGCCUCAAAAACUGUUGAAUCUUAAGAUUUGUCUUAAGACAUACCAUUUUAGCCGUGCUAUUAACUAAAGUGCUUUUAGUUGUCUUACCAAUAUAGGAACUUUUUAUCCGCUUUUUCUGCAUAAAAUUUCAUAUCCACUGCUAUUUUAUUCUUAAUGUCUAUCUUUAUUUUAUAUUUGCAUAGAAACGUUUGAUCUUUCUCCACCUUUAAUUUUAUUUAAGCACUUUGAAAAGCAUUUGUAAGAAUUUUGCUAUAUAAAUAAAGUUGGAUUUGAUAGUA